UCGAGGACUUACUUACUUACUUAGUCGCCCUCUAGAUCGAAGAAUCCCAGUUGAACACUGUUGUUUGUUAGGCAUUGGAACAGAUGUCUGAUCCCUCUGUACGAAAGGAUUAAGUGACCACUGUACCAUUGUGCUUGUGCCACGGUCUGGUAGCCGUCUUGAGGCCCGAGUAUUAGAUUCAAUUCCGAGCAGGAUGAGUGAGCCCGUGGUAGCCGAAAAUGACACGAACGACUCGAAGGGAUCGGAGAAGGCCGAGACCAAUGAAACAUCGCCCAAGGACAAUGUCGCUGAGCUCAAGUCUAUCUACCGAAAAGUGAUCAAAUUCUAUAAAGAAAAUGCAGGCAAAUCCGUAUCCCUUCCUUACCAAGCCAAAUUGAUGCUCGUGGCUUAUACACAACAAGUGGUCCAUGGUCCAUGCAGUCAAGCCAAUGUGGAGCCUGUGGGUGCUUUUGAUGUCAUCGGGAAAGAUCGGAGGAAUGCAUGGUUGACCUUGGGAGAAAUGAGCCAGGACGAUGCAAUGCGGCAAUUCAUUAGCCAAGUCGAGGAGCUCAUGCCUAUGGUUAAACCAUUUUUGGAGGCUCAACAGCAGGCCGAGGAGAAAGAAAUGGAGAACAUGCAGCAGAAGAGGCUCGAACAAGAGACCUUGGACGAGAGACAGAAGGCCACGCUCGAGGCCGAGAGACUAGCUCACCUUGAGCGCCAACGACAAGAGGACCAGAGGAGGCAGAUCCAAGAUGCUCUCAACAAGCAGACGUUCACGCAGUUUCGUGCUUACGCUGAGCAGCAGUACCCAAAUAAUCCGGACCAGCAAGCCGUGCUAAUCCGGCAGUUGCAAGAGCAGCAUUACUACCAAUACAUGCAACAGAUCUAUCAGCAGCAAAUGGAGAACCACGUAAGCAGCACCAUGGCCGCUAAUGGGGUGAAUGCGGGUGAUGGUACUCCUACCAAUGAUACGGCUUCCACGGAUACGGCCAGCCAUGACGAUCUUCAAUAUCGCCAGCAUCACCCGAAUCGUCAACAACACCUGCACGGAGAGGCUAUUCAUCCUUUGAUGGAUACUCCGGAGGUGACUUUAGUCAAUGGCAUGGACGCAAUGAAAUUGGGGCCGUCUGGCGAUCUAAGCGAUGGUCCGGACUCCGAUCAUGACUCCCAGGGACACCAAGAGGACGACGAGGAAGGUCCUUGCGGCGAGGAUUGCGGUUAUUGCGAGGAUCAAGAAAUAGACGAAGUUCCCCCUGCGAAUAUGUGGACGAAAAAGGAAUUGACCGAGUUCAAGGAUCGCAUUCGCACCGAUGGUGGCGACGGGAUAUUUAAAGUGGGCCACGGCGAAACGGUCACGAUUCGAGUGCCAACUGCAGAGGACGGGACAGCUCUCUUUUGGGAAUUUGCCACCGAUAGUUACGACAUUGCAUUUGGCGUAUUCUUCGAAUGGAACAAAACUGAUGAGACCGAAGUCUCCAUCCAUGUUUCUGAUUCCGAAGAUGAGGACCUAGACGAUGAGUAUUUGGAUGAAAAUGGUGACCCCGAGACUGGGAGCACGGCCGCUCUGGUGGACAAGGGCCCACCCACUUCGGUAGUUGUGCCCAUCUUUCGUCGCGAUUGUCAUAAAGAGGUUUAUGCGGGAACGCAUCCAUAUCCAGCUCAGGGCGUUUAUCUGUUGAAAUUCGAUAACACCUAUUCUCUAUGGAGAUCGAAAACACUCUACUACCGGGUGUAUUACACGAAAUAGGAAGUGAUGGUUGGUUGUUCGCCCAUUUUUUUUUCGAUUUCACCUCGAAACCCUUGUGUGUUUUGUGUUAUUUGUAUGAAAUUUUACAUCCACAACAGGCUUGACUUCAAGUUGGAAUCUACUUUGUUGCAUCUUUUGGCUACACAACCUCAAAGUGUGGCUAGUGAACAUGAUAUUUUGGUACACAAUAAAACCAUCGGUCAGAGCCUGUUUUGUGCGAGAA